GGCGUCCCCCGCACGCAGCCGGGUGCGCAGUGCCCUGUGCCAGCUGGCAGGACGGAGAGCAGCCGCUCCCCUGGCCCCUGCCUGUCCCCUCAGGAGGAGGAGAAAGGACGCUCGGGGCCAGUUAAUAGCAGCCAUGGAGGCAGUGCUGAUCUUCCUGUGCUCCCUGCUGGUGCCGGCGGCCGUGGCAGACGUGGCCACCCAAGAGAAGGAGGAGGACCCCUUUAACUAUGAUUACCAGAGCCUGAGGAUCGGGGGGCUGGUGUUUGCCGUGGUCCUGUUCACUGUUGGCAUUCUCCUUAUACUCAGCAGGAGGUGCAGGUGCAGUUUCAACCAGAAGCCCAGAGCUCCAGGGGAUGAGGAGGCUCAGGCCGAGAACCUGAUCACCUCCAACGCAACGGGAGCACAGAAACACGCCCCAUUUCUAUCCCUGGCUAAAACCAAGCCGUCGGUGUGGGAUGCCGCUUCAAAUGUGAGGAAAUGCUGUGGUGGCAGAGAAGCCCGCGACAUCCCCCGGCACGGUGACACUGUGAAAGAGGGCGGCUGCGCAGCGGUGACCCUGCUAACCAGCACAAACCAGCUCCUCGCCAACGCUCUGCCCGCCCCCGAGACGGAGGCGGGCAGGUUUGUCUCCCAAUUAAUGUGCUUUCCCGUGGGCGCCCGCACCCAGAGCGAGACGCCCGCCGGACGACACGCCGACGCGAUGGGUGACGAGCAAGUGCCCGAGCCGGACCUGGACAGGUUCAGCUACGACUAUGAGACCAUCCGCAACGGGGGGCUGAUCUUCGCCGUCGUGGCUUUUGUUGUCGGGCUCCUCAUCAUCCUCAGCCAGCGGUUCCACUGCGGAGGGAAGAAGAGGAGGAGACAAGGAAACGAGGAAGACCUGUAGCUGCAGAGCUGCCAUGCCGCCGUGGAAGCAGAGCUUCAUCCAAAGCAGAGAAGUCCUUGCCAAGGGCCACCCCUUACCCCGCUCCAGUGGAUCCAUUACCCUGCUCACCCCAGGCGAGGCCAGAACGCAAAUUGCCCUCGUGCUUUCCCCUGUGUUAGAUCCAGCAAGAGUUUCUUGGCUAAUAAAGUUCAAGCUGAGAGA